AUGGGUGCAAGCAUUGAGGCUGAACAAUAUGGAAAAGACAUAGUAGUACUUAAGAAUCUAGUGAAAGAAUUACACCCAGAUCCCAAAACUCAACCAAAGGUUUUAGGUCCUAGUGGCUAUUAUGAUGAGAAAUGGUUUAAUUCCUUCCUAGAAGUUUCAGGAUAUGAUGUUGUUGAUGGAGUUACACACCAUAUCUAUAAUCUUGGACUUGGUGAUGAUCCAAACAUGAUUACCAAGAUUCAAGAUCCAUCUUACUUAAAUCAGGUUGCCCAAACCUAUAAAGGUGUUUUGAAUAUUGUCAACAAGGUUAAACCGCAAUCGGGAGCUUGGGUUUCGAAUCAUGAGUUCUUCACGGUGGUGCUAAAGAUUUGUCCCCAACCUUUGCCGAUGGAUUUUGAUAGCUCGUUCAACGUCACCCUUUCAAAUUACGAGCACCAGAGUCGUAAUUCGAGAUCCACGGAUGUUGCGAAGCCCGAAUUUAGAGGUUCCAAGGAUAGAGAGGAGUAUCAUUUGGCUGCGCUAGCUGGAAAUAUACAAGGUCAAAUCGUGUUGCUAAAUGACGUUCCAAUGGUCCCAACAGAAACAUUCGACAUUCCGACGAUGGAACCAAAGCUUGUCAAUGCUUCCACGCCCAUCUCUAUUGCAGCUCAUUCCAUAGUCUAUGUAACCAUCGAGACUUUCAAGCCCUCACUGUGCUUAAAUUACAUCAUUACUUUAUCUAAAAUGUAA